AUAUAUCUAUAUAUUUUUUUUCACCAUUUAAGACUGAACGACCGACACGCUUCAGACAGCAGAGGGGGACAAAUGAAGGCCGUUGAUUUUUUUUUAAAAAAUAUUAUAAUUUAAUAUUGCCCUUCUGUUAGCACCAUGUUUUGUUUUUGAUAUCGGCUGUUUACUGUGUAGCUGAAUAGAGGUCCCCCCCCACCCCACCCGCCCCCUCCCAGUUAAGGGUGCCGGUUAGCUAAAUAACUGGAGCCUCCAACCUUUUCUGCCUACAUUUUUGGGGGCAGAAAAGACGCUCGAAGUCCAAAUAUUCUCGUUUCCCUUGGGGUCGUGGGGCUGGCGCCUAGCCAACAUUUGACUCUGGAGCCGGACACGGAGGAUAGCAUGGCCGUGACAGGAGGGACUGCAACCGCCCUCCCGAUGAGCAACCACACCCGAGAGAGGGUGACGGUGGCCAAGCUGACGCUGGAGAACUUCUACAGCACGCUCCUCACCCAGCACGAGGAGCGCGAGAUGAGGCGAAAGAAGUUGGAGAAGGCCAUGGAUGAUGAGGGUUUACCAGAUGAGGAGAAAGUCAUGCGACGUUCACAGCACGCUCGGAAGGAGACCGAGUUUUUGAGGUUGAAGAGGACGCGGCUCGGCUUGGACGACUUUGAGUCCCUUAAAGUCAUCGGACGCGGUGCUUUUGGAGAAGUGCGUUUGGUGCAAAAAAAGGACACAGGCCACAUUUACGCCAUGAAGAUUUUACGAAAAGCCGACAUGCUGGAGAAAGAGCAGGUCGCUCACAUCCGGGCGGAGAGGGAUAUUCUCGUCGAGGCAGACGGCGCAUGGGUGGUGAAGAUGUUUUACAGUUUCCAGGACAAGAGGAACCUUUACCUCAUCAUGGAAUUUCUGCCUGGAGGCGACAUGAUGACGCUCCUGAUGAAGAAGGACACCCUGUCCGAAGAGGCCACCCAGUUCUACAUCGCUGAGACGGUCCUGGCCAUCGAUUCCAUCCACCAGCUGGGCUUCAUCCACAGAGAUAUCAAACCGGACAACCUGCUGCUCGACUCCAGGGGACACGUGAAGCUGUCCGAUUUUGGCUUGUGUACCGGACUGAAAAAAGCCCACCGCACGGAAUUUUACAGAAACCUGACGCACAACCCACCCAGCGACUUUUCCUUUCAAAACAUGAACUCCAAGCGGAAAGCAGAAACAUGGAAGAAGAACCGGAGACAGCUGGCUUAUUCCACGGUGGGAACGCCAGACUACAUCGCCCCCGAAGUCUUCAUGCAGACAGGCUACAACAAGCUGUGCGACUGGUGGUCUUUAGGGGUCAUCAUGUAUGAGAUGCUGAUCGGCUAUCCGCCGUUUUGCUCCGAGACGCCGCAGGAAACGUACAGGAAAGUGAUGAACUGGAAGGAGACCCUCGUGUUCCCCCCCGAAGUCCCGAUCUCAGAGAGAGCCAAGGACUUGAUACUGCGGUAUUGCACUGAUGCUGAGAACAGAGUUGGGGCCGGCAGCGUGGAGGAGAUCAAAAGCCAUCAGUUUUUUGAGUCUGUGGACUGGGAGCACAUCAGAGAGCGUCCUGCGGCCAUCUCCAUCGAGAUAAAAAGCAUCGACGACACCUCCAAUUUUGAUGACUUCCCGGAAUCCGACAUACUCCAGCCAGCAAAUGCAACGGAACCCGACUUCAAGUCCAAGGAUUGGGUGUUCCUCAACUACACUUACAAACGCUUCGAGGGCCUGACUCAACGAGGGACCAUCCCCACGUACAUGAAGCCAGGGAAGGCGUGACGGGCUCACACAGGGAGUACAAAAAACAAAACAAAACAAAAGACAUUCACGGACGUAACAGGGUCGGGGCCCCUCGUCGGCCCUCGCUGGCGCUGAAGGCCGAGCCGCCUCUCAGUCUACUUGUAAACCGCCCUCGCGCCACCAAGUUAUUAAGCUCUGCUCUGCCGCCGGCAAAGAAGUUUUCACGUCACCUGUGGUCGGUUUACGUGCUAUACAGUACGUGAGCCACGUGCAGCCCGCAGCUCUCAGGCCAGCUCAAGUCAACAAACCACACGCGCAGGCAGGCGUCACCUCGGAAACGGCCGCGUGCCAAUCACUGCUUUGUCGCGUUAGUCGUUUGAACGUUGGUCAUUUUAAACUAGCUCAUAUGUAAAAACAAGUACCGGCUACUGAACAUAAACUGCAGUCGCACUCUGGAAGGUUUCAGCAUGAUUGGCAAUGUUUUGCACUUCCCCGUCGGAUGCUGCGCGUUUCCUCAGAUUAUGUUUUUCGCUUUAAUCGACAUGAGUCAUCCCCUUGAAAAUAUAUUUUUUUAAAAAAGUGCCCCACCUGAAGUAUAUGAUGAUCUCACGAAUAAAAACAAAAGUAGUUGAAUGCAGAUCAAAAGUUUUUUUGGGGGGACCUAUCCUCCAUUUUUUUUUUUUUUCAGUUUAUUCAACAGAUGGCGGCACGGUGGAUCAGCUGGUAAAACGUUGGCCUCACAGUUCUGAGGUCCCGUGUUCGAUCCCGGCCCCGCCUGCGUGGGUUUUCCUUUUCUCCGGGCACUCCAAAAACAUGUAACAUUAAUUGGACACUCUAAAUUGCCCCAAGGUGUGAUUGUGAGUGCGACUGUUGUCUGUCUCCAUGUGCCCUGCAAUUAGCUGGCGACCAGUUCAGGGUCUACCCCCACCUCUUGCCUGUCAUCAGAUAGGCUCCAGCCCUCCCCGCGACCCAUUGUGAGGAUAAGCGGCAAAAGAAAAUGGAUGGAUGGAUUAAUUGGACACUCUAAAUUGCCGCUAGGUGUGAUUGUGAGUGCGACUGUUGUCUGUUUCGCUCUGCGUGCCCUGCGAUUGGCUAGCAACCAGUUCACGGUGUACCCCCGCCUCCUGCCCGUCGACAGCUGGGAUAGGCUCCAGCGCUUCCCGCGACCCAUUGUGAGGAUAAGCGGCUAAGAAAAUGGAUGGAGGAAAAACUGUGACUACAAAGUGGUGCUUUGCCACUAUUUUGUGGCAUCAGUAAAUGCAUCAAGGUGCUAAGCGCAUCAAUUACUUGUGCAUUUUCACUGUUAUUACUGUUUUAUUAUGCUUUAUUGUGGUUAGUUAAUGCUAACAGGUGGAUACAAUGGUUUGAUUGUACCUUACGCCAUCUAGUGGAACUGCAUGUAAUUGUAAGUUUUACUGGCUCACUAAAAAUUCAUUUUUAGACCAAUUAAGUGGAAUUAGACAAUUAUUCUGACACGUCUGACGACCUCACGUCGCACACUGGUUGCUAAUAAAUGUCUGCAGUUGUGCAACUAAACAACCUCGGUCACUUUUUGAGGAAAUAGGGUAUUUCUCACACUUGUUGAAAGUAUCUCAGGAAAAAAAAAAGUGUAGUUUUUCUGUCUUUUUUUUUCUCAUUUAAAAUGCAACACAAUCCGACUAAUAUGUGGUUGUCGUGUUGUUUAUAUGAGUUGGUGUGUUAGUUGCCUCCAUGUGUAAAAAAACAAAAAAAAAAAGGGUGGAUUGUAGUUGGUAUUACAGGGUAAAUAAAAUAUGGUAGCUUUCAGGAAACAGGGAUGUUAAAUAUAGAGUGUAAUUUUGACAUUUCAUAUGCAGGUAAAGGUUUAGUUUCACCAAAAAGCAGAACAAAUCAUGCUGAAAUCUUCCUCGUGCUCCUUCGGAUGAAAGUAUCGCGUGUCACUUGACGUUCACACGUUUAUGAUCGUUCUUAACAAUAUUUCUGCCCCUUGGUUUAUGAAUUUGAAUCAAAUGAGGCCUAAACACUUCCUUCUAAGAAGUGCCUUUGCGUACAGCUGGUAAUUAAUACUGUAUCAAUGUUAUUCGCGAUUAAUCAAAUGGCCUUUUUAAAAAAAAAAAAAAAAAAAGGGAAAAGUCGAUUUAAAAUGGUUGCGGGGGGGAAAAAAAGUGAAGAGAUUUUUAGGUCAGCUUCACACACAAAACCGCUCAUAAGAGUUAAAAAAGACGAGCAAUAAAGUUGACGAGAUGCACUGAUAAGAAAGGAAGCUCAUAAAAUGAUGUGCGGCAAAGCAAACAAUAGACAAAAAAAAAAGACUAUGAAUCAAGAUGUAGCUGAUGCUUGAUGCACUUAACCUCAAACUACCUUGAAGUAUUAAUAUAAUCCUACACGUGUCCAAAUAGUGUUACAAUUCUUGUUUAAAAAAACAAACGAAAAAAACUUCAAGACAGGAGAAAAACAUUGCUGAUGUUGUUCCCGUUUUGACCACACGAUGGCACCAUUGCCCCAGAAGGAAUUGAGGCAAAUAUUGCCAACUCAGUCCAGUAGAAGCAAAGGAUUGAUUAUGAUGUUUAUAUUUUAGCGUUAUUUAUUAUAUGUACGUCUCUGAAUCAAGUCUUUAUUCUCCUAUUUUUACCACCUUGGAAUAUAUAUUAAUUUUAUAUUUGAACCCAGUUACAUAUGAUUUCGUAAAUACAAAAUAGAUCAUAAAAUAUGGGAUUUAAUUUAUGAGAUAACACUGAAGAAAUGACACUUUGCUACAAUUUAAGUAAUCAAAGUACAGUUUGUGUAGACGUUUUUAUCUCAUGAAAUGAUGAUAAUAUAAUUCUGAAAAUGUGAGGGGAGAUGAGUUGUUACUAUAGAAAGUAAAGGACCAAACUAAUUUAUUUUUAUGUGUUAGCGUCAUAAAAAAAAAAAAUCAUCGCAAUAAAGAGUCAGGACAAUGUUGUUGGAUUUAUUUGUGCGAUGACGUGUUCGUAUGUCUAUUGUAGCGCGGUUAAAAAGAGGUCACAGGGGAAAUGCUAGUAAUAUAUUCACAUGGUAACUUUUUAUGUUAUGACAAAAUUAAAAAAAAAAAGUCAAUCACA